CUGCAUCUUACCUCUGACUUCCUUCCAGCACAUUCCUGCACUCCGUUUGCCGUCUCUGCCUCCCACACCUAGCACCUCAGCCUGCUGCCACCCCGGUGAGAACCCCCAGCUUGUGCCUUGUCAUGGUGCCAGCAGGUGGCCCUGAGCCUCUGACAGGGGCCUGCCUAUAGACCUUCAGGCCUCAGACUCACGCUCAAGGGUGGAGAGGCCUGGGUGGCCCACCCAAGAGCCACCUCUGACCCCAGCCCUGCUCACCCCACUGAUGUCUGGCUGAGACCCAGCACUGGCCGGAGCUGCCCACUGCCUCCUCCUGGUCCCUGAGGUUAGCUCUGCAGAGGACGACUUCUCAGACAGCAGGCGGCUAACGGAAGCAGCCACAAGCCUCCGCCACAGCAUGGGCAGCGCCAGCCCAGGCCUGAGCAACGUGUCCCCCGGUUGCCUGCUGCUGUCCCCAGAGGUGGCACUGCAGACAGGGGUGGAGAAGGCAGCGUCGGAAGCAAUGGGCCCUGAGAAGCAGGAAUGGAGUCCUAGUCCACCCGCCACCCCGGAACAGGGCCUGUCUGCCUUCUACGUCUCCUACUUCAACAUGUAUCCCGAGGAUGGCAGCUGGGUUGCCAAAGUCCCUGAGGCCAGUGCCAGGGAGGACCACCCGGAGGAGCCUGAGCAGUGUCCAGUCAUCGACAGCCAGGCCUCUGGGGGCACGCUGGAUGAGCACUCCCUGGAGCAGGUGCAGUCCAUGGUGGUGGGCGAGGUCCUGAAAGAUAUCGAGACGGCAUGCAAGCUACUGAACAUCACAGCAGAUCCUGGGGACUGGAGCCCUGGUAACGUGCAGAAGUGGCUUCUAUGGACAGAACACCAGUACCGGCUGCCUCCAGCAGGCAAGGCCUUCCAGGAGCUGGGCGGUAAAGAGCUGUGCGCCAUGUCGGAGGAACAGUUCCGCCAGCGUGCACCCUUGGGUGGGGAUGUGCUGCAUGCCCACCUGGACAUCUGGAAGUCAGCGGCCUGGAUGAAGGAGAGGACCUUGCCUGGGGCUCUUCACUACUGCGCCUCCACCAGCGAGGAGGGCUGGACGGAUGGUGAGGUGGAUUCGUCGUGCUCCGGGCAGCCCAUCCACCUGUGGCAGUUCCUCAAAGAACUGCUGCUCAAGCCCCACAGCUAUGGCCGCUUCAUCCGCUGGCUCAACAAGGAGAAAGGCAUCUUCAAAAUUGAGGACUCCGCACAGGUAGCCCGGCUGUGGGGUAUGCGUAAGAACCGGCCGGCCAUGAACUACGAUAAACUAAGCCGCUCCAUCCGCCAGUAUUACAAGAAGGGCAUCAUUCGCAAACCCGACAUCUCUCAGCGCCUCGUCUACCAGUUUGUACAUCCGGUCUGAGAGCCACAAAGAUCAGAGGCCUACAAUCUGCCCCAGGCAGCCAUUCUCUGGAUGGCCUGGGCCUCUCUGCUCACUCUGAAUCUAGGGGCUGCUGGUAUCCCAGAAUCCAAGGUCCCAGACAGACAGCCACUGAUCUGGGGAUACACAUGAGCUCUCUGGGUCCCUCUUCAGGUCAUACACAGGUCCCAGGAGGAUGGAGGGAGCUAGGACUGUUCACAAACGGGGAACUCCCAGAGCCAGGCCUGAACUGUGGAAUUCCCGGAGGAACCACUUACAGCAUACAGGGACUGAACAGAGUCAGCUCACAGGCCAGUGAUGCCACUGGUCUCCGCUCCUGCCACCCACCCUGAUGAUACCUAACAUGGUGCUAAGAGAUGUCUGCACCCUGUGUUGGGGGAGCCAGGGGUGCACCAGGAAUGGAUAAUAAAGGUGUAAGAUAAC